AUGUCAAAUAUUGUUGGUAUUGAGUAUAAUCGUGUUAACAACACCACCGCAAACGAUUUCCCAGGUUUCUCAUCCGAUGGUUCUAAUGCUUGGGAUGUUGAAAAAUUCAAAGAGACAUUUGAUGUCCAAAUAACAAGUUUAAGUGAAAGAGAAGCCAAUUUUGACUUAAUUAACAUCGAUACUUCCAUGGCUAAUGCAUUCCGUCGUAUUAUGAUUUCAGAAGUUCCAUCCGUUGCUGCAGAAUACGUUUAUUUCUUAACUAACACCUCAGUUAUCCAAGAUGAAGUGUUGGCUCAUAGAAUUGGUAUGAUUCCAUUGAAAGUCGAUCCUGACAUGCUAAGUUGGAUCGAUACAAGUCUAUCUGAAGAGGAAAAAUUCACAGAUGACAAUACCGUUGUCAUGAGUUUGAAUAUUAAAUGUACAAGAAAUUUAAAUGCUCCAAAGGAUUGUACUGACCCUAAGAUUCUUUAUCAUAAUUCUAGUGUUUAUGCUAAGGAUUUGAAAUUUGAACCUCAAGGGAAACAAGUAGAAACAUUUGCUAAAUGUCCAGUGGUACCAUCUGAUCCGGAUAUUUUGUUGGCUAAGCUAAGGCCCGAUCAAGAAAUUUCCUUGAGAGUUCAUUGCAUCUUGGGUGUUGGUGGUGAUCAUGCUAAAUUCUCUCCAGUAUCUACUGCAUCUUAUAGACUAUUACCUCAUAUUAAUAUUCUUAAACCAAUAACUGGAGAACAAGCUAUAAAAUUCCAAAAAUGUUUUUUACCAGGUGUCAUUGGUAUCAAUGAAGAAACUGGUGAAGCUUAUGUGAAAGAUGCUAGAAAGGAUACUGUAUCGAGAGAAGUGUUAAGACAUGAAGAAUUUAAUGAUAAGGUUAAGUUAGGUAGAAUAAGAGAUCAUUUCAUUUUCAAUGUCGAAAGUACAGGUGCGAUGACACCAGAAGAGAUUUUUUUCAAAUCUGUUAGAAUUUUGAAGAAUAAAGCAAGUUAUUUAAAAAAUUGUCCAAUAACUCAAUAA